GGAGGAGGAGGAGGGAGGCCGAGGAGACAGCCGCCUCGCCUCCCCGAAAGCUCUCCCUCUCCUCCAUGGCCUCCGUCAGGGGGUUGCCAUAGUUACAGGAGUGACAAAGGCAAGGGAGUCUCCAGGGCCUGUGUGGAGGAGGAGUUUCCCGCGGAUCUUCUGCUGCUGGAAGAGUUCCUUGCGAGGGGAAGGGAUGCAGGGAAGCCGAGCACAGCUGGAGCCAUGGCACUAGGGAAGCAGGGAGCCCCAUGGCGGCGGCGGUGGCGGUGGUGGUGGUGGAGAGGCUAAGCCAGCCAGAAAUUUGAAUGGCAGUGGCGGAUCACCACAGAGCAGCGCCCGACUGACCUGCGGGCCGUGGGGAACGUCGGUCGCCUCUCUAAGGAUGCUCUGCUUGCCCCUUCUACUGCUGGUCGGUCUCUCCCGUAGCUCCAGCUUGGAAGUAAACCCAGCAUUAUGCCGAUAUCCUUUGGGGAUGCACGAAGGAACAAUUCGAGACGAGGAUAUCACAGCGUCCAGCCAGUGGUACGACUCUACAGGCCCACAGUAUGCUCGGUUGCAGCAGGAGGAGGGUGACGGAGCCUGGUGUCCAGCCGGCCUCCUGCAACCUGAGGACGUGCAGUUUCUCCAGAUCGACUUGCGCGGGCUUUUUUUCAUCACACUGGUGGGGACGCAGGGGCGGCACGCACGAGCCACCGGUAAGGAGUUUGCCCGUGCCUACCGGAUCGACUACAGCCGUAACGGAGAGCACUGGCUCUCUUGGAAGGAUCGCCAGAACAGGCAGGUGAUCCAAGGCAACGCCGACACUUACGCCGUGGUCCUGAAAGAUCUGCGCCCCCCUGUCAUUGCCCGCUACAUCCGCGUGAUCCCUGUGACCGAGCAGCCCAUGACCGUCUGCAUGCGAGUGGAACUCUAUGGUUGUGUUUGGUCUGAUGGCUUAGAGUCCUACAACAUGCCUGAAGGGGAAAUGAUCGCUGCUCCUGGCUACCCCAUUGUUUACCUGAACGACUCGACGUAUGAUGGAUACCAGGAGCGCAAAUUCCUGCGUGGUGGCUUGGGCCAGCUGACGGACGGCGUCUUGGGCUUGGACGACUUCACCAAGAGCCAUGAGUACCGCGUCUGGCCGGGUUACGACUACGUCGGCUGGAAGAAUGACAGCUUUAGUGGCGGCGCCGUGGAGAUGGAGUUCCAGUUCGAUCGCCAGAGGAACUUCACCUCCAUGAAGGUGCACUGCAACAAUAUGUUCUCCAAAGGAGUCAAGAUCUUCCAGGCAGUGGAGUGUCUCUUCAAACCACGUCUGAUUGCCGAGUGGGACCCAGAGCCCGUGAGUGCAGACACGGUCCUGGAUGACAAGAAUCCGAGUGCACGCUUCGUGACGGUCCCCCUCAACCAGCGAGUGGGCAAAGCCAUCCUCUGCCGCUUCUACUUUGCUGAUACUUGGAUGAUGGUCAGCGAAAUCUCCUUCCAGUCAGCGGAUAUGGACAUUGACAAACCCCUGGUGGUCACUCUGACCUCCAGCACAGCCACGGAAAUGCUCCUGUCGGAGACACCCAAUGCAACCGAUGGAACUUGGGGGACCACCACAAUGUCCACCACAAGCCCAUGGAUUACGCCCAAGCCAGAGGAAUCCAGCACUUCCAGUCUGGUGGGCUGCCUGGUCGCCAUUAUCCUGUUGCUGCUCAUGGUGAUUGUGGCCAUCCUGUGGAGACAGUAUGCCCAGAAGCGGCUGGAGAAGGCACCCCGGCGGAUCUUGGAAGAGGAUGCUACCGUCCGGCUCUCCUUCUACAGCUCUAGAAUAGUCAACGGCCAGACACAGAUCCACCAGACCAACCCCACCUACGAGAGGGUCUUCCCGUUGGAUCUGGAGUAUCACCAGCCUAUCACCCUGCUCCAGAAACUGCCAGAGCUCUCCCAAAGUGCCGAGGACUCAGCCUGCAGCGGUGAUUAUGCCGAGCCAGACCUCACCAAGUGCACCCCACACCAAGGCUUCCAGAACAAUGUCCCGCACUACGCCGAGACGGACAUCGUUAGCCUGCAGGGGGUGACAGGCAACAACACCUAUGCCGUGCCAGCCAUCACGGUUGACUCGUUGACCAAGAAGGACAUCUCCGUGGCCGAGUUCCCAAGGCAGCAGCUGCAGCUCAAGGAGAAACUGGGGGAAGGGCAGUUUGGGGAGGUCCACCUGUGUGAAGCCGACCGCCUCUUGGAAUUCUUGGGCCGUGCUCCCCCAGAGACCUCCAGCCGGGCCGUCCUGGUGGCUGUGAAGAUGCUGAGAGCCAACGUCACCAAGACAGCCAGGAACGAUUUCCUCAAGGAGAUUAAGAUCAUGUCCCGGCUCAAAGACCCGAACAUCAUCCGCUUGCUGGGGGUGUGUGUGCGAGACGACCCGCUGUGCAUGAUCACAGAGUACAUGGAGAACGGAGACCUCCACCAGUUCCUGCUGCAACGCCAAAGCCGGAGUACCUUCACCCUCUCCAACAACAUUCCUUGCGUCAGCUGCCUCCAUCUCCUGCUGAUGGCGACCCAGAUUGCCUCCGGCAUGAAGUACCUGGCGUCCCUCAACUUUGUGCACCGGGAUCUGGCCACACGCAACUGCUUGGUGGGGAACAACUACACCAUCAAGAUUGCCGAUUUCGGCAUGAGCCGAAAUCUUUACAGCGGCGACUACUACCGAAUCCAGGGGCGGGCUGUGCUGCCCAUCCGCUGGAUGGCCUGGGAGAGCAUCCUGUUGGGCAAGUUCACCACUGCCAGUGAUGUGUGGGCCUUUGGCGUGACCCUGUGGGAGAUGUUCACCCUGUGCAAAGAGCAACCCUACAGCUGGCUCUCAGAUGAACAGGUCAUCGAGAACACGGGGGAAUUCUUCCGGGACCAAGGGCGGCAGGCAUUUGACCGGACGGUUUCCAAGGACACUUGCUUAGCUAUCGGCUUUUACCAGAGAGGUUAUGUUUGUCUGCUGCUGGAGAGGUAUGAAGAAGCCCUGAAUAGCUUCCAGCUGGCUUUGGUGCACCUCAGAAGCAACACGUGCAUUAAUUACAAGCAAUUGGGUCUGAAAGUGGUGCUGUGUGCCUGGGAGGUGCUGUACAAUACUGCCGUGGCCCAUUCCCGGCUUGGGAGAUGGCGGGAAGCUCAGCGACUGCUGGAGGAAGCCUUGGAGCAGACCCCCAGGGACCAAGCCCCAUACCUUGAUGUGGCCCUUCAGCAGGUGCAGGAACAUCUCCUCCUGGACCCUCGAAGCAUUCCUCGGGGGGAGAUAUUCAGGCCUCCAAAGAAAGAUGUGGAAGAGCUGGGAGCAAAAGACUUUCUGGGACAGGCAAAGGUCAUCUCCUCGGUUUUUAAGGAGGACAUCAGCGGAUUUCAUGGUCUGCAUCCCCAGAACCUCGGCAGUGGGCUACCACCACCGCCUGAAAACGUGCCCCCCACUCGGCCCCAUGAGAGCCAAAGGAGGCUGCUUCCAGGAGCGACGGAGAGAACCGCAGAGAGGGUGGGUGCUAACGGCACUGGUCCCGAAACUGCCCUGGAGCAGGUUUCUUCAGCCCACGGAGAGGCCCCACAGAGUAACGGCAGACCCAUCCUGCUGAAGGUGCACGGUUCCUACACCGUGAAUGUGAAGGCGAGCACCGCUGUAUCCCUGGCCGAUCUCGGCGUCCUGUUGCGGGAGGAGGUUUGCCGGCAGGCUGAGGAGAUGACCCUGAGGUACCGGUCUCCAAGCAGCAAUGAAUUCAUCUCGCUAUGCAGUGAAGAAGAAUUGCAAAUGGCAUGGCAGGAAGCAGAAGACGGCCACCUGACCCUCUGGUGCCAGGGCAAAAAGGACAGCAGGGCCAGACCUGUUCUCUACCGGAUGGUGGCGAGGCACGCUUACGCUGGACAAGGCUUGGCAGACCUAAGUUUUAAAGAAGGCGACACCUUGGAGAUCCUCUCUGAAGUGAACGAGGAAUGGCUGGAAGGACGCUGCCAUGGAACCAUCGGCAUUUUCCCAAAAUGCUUUGCUGUGCGAGAGAAUUCUGACGCCACCCACUCCUAGAGAGGACAAGCCCUCCAUCCUUAGACUCUGUAUCCCUUUCCAUGGAACCAGGACCAGAGAGCCACUUUUGAGUAUCACCCAACGUUUUUAUCCAUCUUCAAGCGUAUCUUAGUAAUAGUCACCUCUGUUUCCUUGCCUUAUUAGUCAGCGUCAGUCUGCUGUGCCAGAAUUUGUGGACUUGUUUGUUUCCCCCACUUGCUCAAGGAAACCUUGUUUCCCUUAAGGGCUGCCUUGCCACUGAGGGUGGCUCCGGCAUCCUCUUUUCCAAGCAUGUCCGCGCAGUCAUGAGGACUAGAGACUUAAUUUCUAGAAGUUAGGUUUGGCAGGACAUUGGACUCUGCUGUGCCCGGUACCCACUCCUGCCCCCAAAGGGGGCAGAAGAUAUUUGUUUUCAUAAAUCCACAGUCAAUAUCUGGAUUGUUUUUAAUGAGAAAUCUGUAAUAAAGUAGUCGAGUAAAUCCUACAGUGGUUCAAAAAUUACAGUUUUCUUUUCAUUACAGUUGCUGGGUGAGUGGCCUACUAAAUGUGGACUGGAAACGCCACUCCAGAAGUAGACUUAAAGCCCUACUGUAAACCAAAUUUUGAAAUGCCCAUCGGUUCUUCUAGUAAAACUUACUGGGUUGUGAAUGAAAGGCCUGAAAUCGGUAUUAAAAUCCUGGGCUGGGGAAAUACAUAGAAAAUGGAGCCUGUGCAGAACUGAGGUUGUCUUGUGCUCUUAACGGCCUAUGUUUUCGCCCUCUGGCCAAUAAAACUCUAUUUCUGACAAGUAAAAAAAGGGCUAAAAAGCUAGUGAACUCCAGUGGCAGGCCAGGCCCAGCCCAUAGGAACGUAGGAAACCCUGGGUCCGUCUAGCUCAGUAUUGUCUACACAGACUGGCGGCAGCUUCUCCAAGGUUGGAAGGCAGGAGUCUCUCUCAGCCCUCUGCUCUCCUCCUAGGGAAAGAGAGAUGGGGGAAAUGUUCUCAUGGAAUGUCUUUACUUCUCUCCAGAGCACCUCUGACCUCUCCAGAUAACAGAGUUAUAAAGAAUAAUUCCAUUUCAACAACAUGCCCUGUUUACACAGUGCUUUCAAGGGUGCAAAGUGCAUCAUGACUAUUAUCUCAGUAGUAAUGUGACCCUAUAAGGUAGACCAGAAUUAUGACCCGGACAUAUUAGAUGCUACACUGCAGCCAAGAGCUCAUGGCUUAACUACAGUGGCCAAAGUGAGUUUAUAAGCUGAAGCAAGAGUUUUCUUCUCUUGUAGUCCACGUACAACAGGGUGGGAAGCCGUGAAUAAUGCAUUGUCUCUUACAUGGUCCUGCAUGUACUUUUGCUGGGUUGUGUUUUUUUUUUUUAAGGCACAACUGGAUUUUGGAUAAGCAGAUCUCCUGCUGGGCUAGAGUUCCUUAUGGUUGGGGCAGUGAGCCUAGGUUGGCAUCUCCCACAAGAGAACCGCGCCGAUGACAAUUAUUGAGGAGGAAAGACGGGACCCCUGUCGGCUGCCCCAAAGGCCCCACUUGCUGGGAGGGUUGUCCACACGGCACCUCUCUCACCACAGAGAGCGAACAAGGAAGACGGCGAACAAGAUGAAACCAGUCAAGAGGGUGGCAGCAAUGAAGAAAAUGCUGGCUGCCCACACAGCUGGCUCGUGCCCUUUCAGCGGCCGGGGGUCCUCGGACGGGAUCAUGUUGGUGAGGUUUAGCAUGUAGCCCAAGGUCCAGCCGAUGUCAGAGUUGGCAGCCUGUGAGAGGAAAGGACUGAGAGCUGUGAAAGAGGGCAGGGCGCCCAACCAGACCUGAACCUGAGCCCCAAAACCGGUCUCGGUCACCCAGAAUAGAACCCAGUCCUCAAAUCUGUUACCUAGAACCAGAUCCGGACAUUUAAAACACAAGCCGUUUAGUGUUAAAUAAGUAACCAGUUGCCCAGCUUGUAUUACCAAGGUUCCCCUUUUCUUGCUUUUGAUCCUGUCGUAUCUGUACUGUAUUUACUUGAAUCCAAGACUUGGUUUCCGCCUCAAAUUCUUUGAUUCUAGAAAGUGGGGGGAUCAUAUUAUGGGUAAGUGCAGGUGAAACCUGUAUUUAUUUAUUUUUUAAAGGAGAUGGUCUUAAAUUCAGAGUCAUCUUCUUUUAGGGUAAAUACAGGUAUUUUGUUUGCAAAACUUCUUAAGGAUUUAUUUUAAGGCAAUAUUUUUUAUUGAACUAGAAACAGUUAUGGUUUUCAUGCUACAAAGUUUCUUCACCAGCUAAGGAGCCAGGGAUUAUUUUAUUAUUUUAUUUAAUUUAUAUACUGCCUGACUCCAAACGCUCUAGGGUGGCUCACAAAAAGAAACACACACACACAUAUAAAAUAAAACAAGCUGUUAAAAUAAUUUAAAACCUUCAAAGAUGACUAAAAGCCUGGCUAAAAAAAAGGUGUCUGAAAUAAAUGGCUCAGAACGGG